GGGAACUGCAAGAUUUUUAAUACUGUUGACCAGUAGCAGGCUCUACCUGGUCUUCCCUCAAUUUUAUACUUUGAUCUUUUUAUUCGAAUAACAACCUGAUAUUGAUGGUCAAGAUCAAUGGCAGCUAGUUCUGUUUCUGUAUAAUGUUCAAUGUACGUGUUCAAAUUAGUCUACUGCAAUUUAUUCGGUGUCAUAGAUUCUUCGCGUAAAAUAUUUCCUCAUAAAUUAAUCACUGCAGUGCAGUAGUAUCCUUCUGCAUAGCCAGCAUGAAGAAUGUUUGGAUAUGGCUACUACAUUGCGUCGUAUUUUUGUGCAUAACAAAAUCCGUAAAAUCAGACCCUCAAACUAAUCUACUGAACCAAGGUUGCAGUCAGUUCAUCUCUACAGAUGUGCCUGCUUUCUCAGGAAACCGAAAUCUGACUUUUAGUGAGCUCAGAAGACAGUUGUCGAACAAUACACACUUUGCUACAGCACAACAGUCAGGAAUUUAUGCUAUGGCUCAGUGCAGGAACUACCUGUCAGGUGCUGAUUGUUUAGAUUGUUUUGAUGCUGCUGUGUCUUUGACACUCAACUGCUCGUCGGAUGGUGGUGCUCGUGUCAUAUAUGAAGGCUGCUUUCUCAGGUAUGAGGCACACGAUUUCUAUAGUGUGGCUACUCUUCAAGGUAAUACUGGAAAAUGCAGCACUAACCUGAGUAGAAUUGAGCCAAAUUUGAUUGAUCCUGCAGUAGAAAGUCUUUUAAAAGAUCUUGAAGUUGCAACACCCAAAACGAAAGGUCUGUUUGCAGCUGCAACAAAACAAGUAAUUGGUGUUACUCCCGGUUCAACAAUAUAUGCCUAUGCACAAUGUGCUCAAACAGUAAGCCCAGGUGUCUGUAGAGAUUGCUUAAGCGUGGCAUAUGGAAAUGUACAAGGUUGCCCUCCUCGAGCUGGAGGAAGUUCUGUUGACGCUGGUUGUUUCCUCAGAUACUCUGACACUCCAUUUUUUCCUAGUAAUUUUACCACUGAUAUUACACCUUACGUACAGGAAGGAGGUUCAAGCAGCAAGUCAACUAUCAUUUUAUGCGUUGUUGGUGCUGUAUGCUUUUUCCUGCUCAUACUUGCCUUGCUCUUAUGGUAUCGGCUGUAUCAAAAGAAAGCUAAACGAGGUGAUAUAUUGGGACUAACCAAGCUUCAGGGACCAAUUACCUACAACUACAAAGAUCUGAAAUCAGCUACAAAGAGUUUUAGUGAAGAAUACAAAAUAGGAGAGGGAGGUUUUGGAGAUGUAUACAAGGGCAUAAUAAAAAAUGGAGAUGUGAUUGCAGUGAAAAAACUUGCUAUGACUACAAGCAAAGCCAAGAAAGAUUUUGAAAGUGAAAUCAGGCUUAUAAGUAACAUUCAUCAUAAAAAUAUCGUUCGUUUAUUAGGCUGUAGUGGCAAAGGAUCAGACUUACUUCUUGUCUUCGAAUACAUGGCCAACGGAAGCCUUGACAAAUUUUUAUAUGGUGAAAAACAAGGGACUCUCAGCUGGAAACAACGCCUUGACAUAAUCUUUGGCGUAGCUAGGGGCCUUGCCUAUCUUCAUGAUCAAUUUCAUAUACGUAUCAUACACCGAGACAUCAAAUCCAGCAAUAUUCUUCUUGAUGUUGAUUUUCAGCCUAAAAUUGCUGAUUUUGGAUUAGCAAGACUUAUAGCUGGAGAUCAAAGUCAUCUGAGCACCAGAUUUGCCGGGACUCUGGGAUACACAGCACCGGAGUAUGCAUUCCACGGUCACUUGUCUGAGAAAGUUGAUACCUACGGCUUUGGAAUUGUUGUCCUUGAAAUAGUAAGUGGGCGAAGAAGCACAAAUUCAAAGUCUGAUCCAGUUACUGGUCCUUUACUUGAAGAUGCGUGGAAGCUAUACGAAGAUGGCAUGCAUUCGGAUUUGGUAGAUGAGUCCAUGGAUCCCAGUGAAUAUAAUAUAGAACAUGUUAAAAAGAUCAUACAGCUUGCUCUGAUGUGCACUCAGUCACCAACUUCUAUAAGGCCAACAAUGUCUGAAGUAGUAGUUUUGCUUACAAAUGACCGUUCUGUUGAGCAAAGAUCGCUAAGCAAGCCGACCAUGGUCUAGUUUCUCUGACAUCAUGAUAUAGCCAGAUACAUAGCAUAAGAACUCUAUGGAAUUUUCCUUGUUGGUUUCUCGAAACCAUUAUAACUACAGAUGAAAGAAAUUUAAUAGAACUUCUCAGUCCUCUUCCUAAAAUCAUAAUGAAAUUAUGAUUAUGACAAUUGCCAUUAUAUUAGGUUGCAGAGGAGACAAGCAACUAAUAGAUAUCAUUACAAUAGUCUUUGUUACAUUUAUUGAAUCAGAUAACUUGGCC